CCUCAACGUUUCAUUUCACUUGGUACGGUUCAGUAUCUCGGUAACGCGCGAGUUGGUGAGAGGUUAGCCCGUUCCUGCCGAGCUACGCAAUCAGCUGGUACAUUUAGUGUUGGUUGUGAAAGGCGGCGAGGAUUCUCGGUGCCGAUGAUUUCCGCAGGACUGGAGGGAAGAUUGCCCUAUAUGACCUAUCCUGAACCUUGGCGCGGGCCGCCUAAACAGCCGCCGGAAUUUUUGAGACCAGCUCCAAAACCUGUUCCCCCUACCAGCCGUUAUAAUGGGGUAAACACAUCGCCCAAUGGAAUGCGACUAACACCAGCACAACAUACUAUCAGCAAAUAUCCGUCUCCCCCAUCAAUAUCAACUCCAGUAAAUCUCACCCAACACAAAGAUGAAAUUGUCGAAGAGCUUCCAUAUUACAGGCUGUACCCAACUCCACCACAUAUAUCCCAUUUUCCUCAAUUCACGACAAUGUAUCAGAGUCACUACCCGCCAAUGAUACGACCAACUUUUCCCACAACUUCGUUGCAACCUUUGGAGACUUAUUCUCCAACCACCCCAACUGCAAUCACUUCUUCAACGUUCCUGUCACCCCCGUCCACGUUUAGUCCUCCGUCGCCCGUAAAGUCUGGCCAAAGCGUUUUGAGAGACAAGAGGGUUCCCUCUCAAACCGCACAGACCACAACACAAGUUCAGUCCAGCCAUCAGUCGGUAGCCUUUAAAGUACCAUCGGGUAAAGAAGGUUCUUUAAAGCAUCGGAUACUCACAAGGCCGGAGGAUGGCAGCAGAAAUCUUGCACCGUUAGAUUUACAAAAACCUGCGGAAAUAUCAAGAAGAAGACUCAAUGCGACGAUGUCGCCACCUAGGUCACCCAAAAAAUCUAUAAAUAAUAAUAAUACGGUUCCAAACAAUUUCUCUAAAGGAUGUCUGAUUCAACUUACAAAUGGCGAGUUGCGGAAGAUUGAGGAUAUGCGAACAGAAGAUUUUGUAUCUUCAGCGGAACACAGCCCUGAACUGCGACUGGCGGAAAGUACCGUUGUUAGAAUAGAAGAAAACCACGUAAAUGGAACUGCCACUAUUACGCUUAGCUACAACCAGAGACGCACACAGGUUGAAUUCGAAUCCACGAUAGAACACCCCUUUUUCGUGUUCGGCCAAGGGUGGGCAUCUUGCAGUCCUGAACGGACGCAACACUGUUACCGAUUGAAGGUACAUCGUCUACAGGUGGGUGAUAUUUUGAUCUCCUUGACGCCAAGGGAACCUCUCGUCCCUCCUGCGAAUACACGCAGCACGACUAUCAUGACGACAGCAACAAGCACAGCGAUGACAGUACGACAGUUGUCCCUGGACAGUAUACCCAAAUUGCACCAUGAAGCCGACCAGUUAACAAAUAGUCAAAUACACCCCAUCAAUUUACACACUACAAGCCAUCCACCACACACGAUGUCGCCUGAUAAUGGCUUAUCAUUACGAAAAAGGUCCGCUCCUGAUCAAAUCUGUGAUGAAGAACAGCAUUCAAUGAGAAGGCAUAGAAUAGAAUGAAAUUUAGUUAUUAUUAGGUACUACAAGGUGAUUGUGAAAAGAACUGAUUAAUUAAUUCACCGUGAAAUAGACUGUUUUUUAAUGUUGUAAAGUUUAUGGAUCACUGCGGUGAUCUGUUACUUGCUUCUGAGAUGAUAUUAUCCCGCCUUGUUAGCUCAUGUUGAAAUAAUCCGUUAAAUACAACCAAGACAAUCCCAGCCGGACCAUGAAAAUGCCAUUUAUCAUCACUCUGAUGAACUAUAAGUAUACAGUGAAUGUGUUUUUUUUUUAAUUUAUAAUUUUGUGUUAAAUAUGGUGCUAUCGAAAAUAAUCGGAUAUUAAUCACCCUUGAUUCUAGUGUGGUAUGUUACUGAUUAAAUGUUAAUAGUUGCCGACAUGUGUUACAAAAAAACAAGUGCGUCCAUAUCAUCAUCAUCAUCAUCAUACUUCAAAUAGAGGUGACUUUGAUCAAUAGUAUUUUCAGUUAUGCCUUGGCAGUGCCAAUUAACAGUAUAACGUUUUUUCAAUAUCUGCGUGUUUUUUUAAAUCUUACAAAAAUAGGGUUGCCCCUGAUAAAACUUAUAAUUUCAUUAUAAAUUUUAUCAUUAAUUCUAGAAGUAGCUUGUGUGAAAUUUGUUUGAUAUAUACAGCAUUUCUGGCAAAUACUGUGUAAAAAUAACUUCAUACAUGUAGUUUUGGUGCCAGUUUUGACAGCGUUUGUCGGUUUUUUUUUUAAAUAUAUGAAAUUCAUAGAGUGUUUCAUCAUAUCUCCUUGAUCAAGUUACCUUAACGUACUCUGUAUAAAUCUAUAGAAAGCAUACUUCAUAUAAUUUCAAGUUUCUGCGAAAAUGAAAAGAAUGUUUGUUUCCUUUGUGCAUCAAGAGUAUGUUUCAGUUCAAAUGUGCCUUGUUUUUAAUUUUAGUUUCAGUUAAAGUUGAUAUGAAACAUCCUGUAUAUAUAGUUCAUGUUGAUAAAUUUUCGUGUUACAGUUGGGAUCAGAAAAGUUAGCAAAUUCAAUAUUGCUCUCUAUUGAUUGUUAACAAAGAAUGUUGAACUUGCCAAAAUGCGAACACAGACGUGUUGCCGCCUACUGGGCUGGUGAAAUUGAUAUUAUGAAAUCAGCACUUAAAAAUAUUGUACAUUUGUAAAUAAUGUUGGGUAAAAGGGUUCUUUCUAAAAUAGCAAGUUCAUAUUAGGAGUGAUUGUUGUUUUGCACUUCGAAUCAUCUUUUGGGCGUAAAAGUGUAAACAACAUUAAUCCUCUGUUAACUGUGUUAGUGCAAUGGAAUUAUCUGCAACACAAGUUAGAUUUCUCAUGACAAUAUAAGACAGGGCAGGAUGUAACAUACGUCACUGUGCUGAUUAUGAACUGGAGUAUUAUAAAGAGUGAUAUGUACUGACAAGAACAGUCGAUUUAAAAGGAAGUUUUGAAUACGUAGAGGACUAUGUAGUAUGGAAACUGCUACUGUCGAUCUCAAAAAGAGUUGUGUGAUAGAAAUGCUUUUAAUGUUGUUCACAAAGAUCUGUAUUUUAUUUACUAUAAAUUUUCAUAAAAAUGAUCAUGCACGAACUGAUGUAAAACAAUAACGCCAUAUUCUUCCCACACAUUUUAAGUAAUUUCUAGUUUGGAAAUUUUGUGGUAAAUUGGCGCUAUUGCUUUUAUUAUUGUAUACCUAGUUGUAUACCUUAGCGUUCGUUACUUAUGUAAAUUUUUACUCUAGAGUAUUGAAAAUAACAAUUAUUGAUUAUCUUGAGUGAGAGGAAUCAAACCUUAUUGCUUUUUAAUGUUGUUUAUAUUGAUUUCCAUGUGAAUUCUUGGCUGUGAUACAGUAAAGUAUGUGGAAUGAACGACACUUCCCUCCAUGUCUUUAUCUUAAAGAGCGUAAUUAUUAUUACAAGUGUGAAUUGUACGUUUAUUAUUAGAUUAUUGUAACAUAUACCUCACUCUGUGCUUUUUCCAUAUUUGAUUAUAUUCUGGAAUGCAUGUAAUUCAAAACGUUGAAGUAAUUAUGUUAUAUUUGGUAACAAGAAUUGUUAUGUAUGUUAUUUAUUAUUGUCGUGUAUAUACAGAAUGUCUUAGAUAAAUUGAUUUCAGUGUUAAGUUAUUUUAAGAACUUUAGAGGACGUUAAAUUUAAUGAAGCAUAAAUCACUGUUAACAAACGCAUUCAAAGUCGGUAACAAAUUAAAUUUUGUUUACAUUGCUAUUGCUGCAUAUUAAAAGUUUUGAAAACGGUUCUAUAAAAGAAAUAUAUGCCAUUAUUGAUCCAAAUGAUUUAUCGUCAUAUAUAAUUUGCAUUACGUGUGCAGAUCCUACUCAUUUCUUUUAUUAUGAGCCAUGAAGACCACAAAAUAUACUCCAGAAAGCCUGUCAGUCAGUAACGAGCGCAUCCUUACCACGAACUUUAACAUAAGACGAAUAUUUGGCUAAACUAUACUCACAGGUACCUACAUAGUACUCUGUAGAGAUUGUUAUUAGUUUAAUCUUCGUCUUUAUCGGGCGUGUUAGAGUGAAGAACUCUGUUAGUAUUCACUAACAGACUUUUUAAAGUAUUAUAGUUUUUAAUGUGCAGUAAUAGGAUUUAAUAUCAUUUUAAAAACUCGCAAGUUUGCUAAUCACAGAUAUCAUUAAUAAAUGCAAUAAUUCUUUCUGCAAAAAUUUUUAUUUCAGCUAUAUUUUGUAUAAGUAAUAAGUACAAUAAAGUAGUUUAUUAUAUUUGGCGUCCUCAUCAAUGUAUGUAAUAAUUAAGUAAAUGUGAUGUUAUAUGUAAUUUGUUGGGCAUUCUGUGAUAUUUGCCUUCAAAAUUUUUACAGGAAUUUAAUAAUCAGUAUUCUGUAAUAAUGUUUACUGUUGGAACUGUUCAAUUUUUUCUCUACCAAUUCUUUUUGCCAAAACGUUUAAAAUUGUUUAAUAAAAUUUAGUAAGCUCAAGUAAAUCAGCAACAGAGUUAUAUUGUUAAUGUAUUAAUUUUAAAGAAACUAAAUGGUAAGAAAGCGUAUAUAUAAAUUGAAGAGAAGACAAUGAUUAUUGAAGUGCCUUGAAUGAAGGCUUUGUCCUUCUAGAAUGUUAUUUACCUAUGUAGAGGAUCUAUGAAACAAGCUAACAGAAGUGUACAGAAACAUAUAUAUUAUUUUACAGAUACAUGUACAGUGUGCCAUGUUGUUGAAUUGUAAGGCCGGAUGGCAGUGCAGUCAAAACCAAUAAAAUAUAUGAUAUGUAA